CGUCGCGUCCGAACACAGAGCGCAUCGACCGAUCGAACCAAUGGCGAUGGUGACCGCGAAGCUCAGCUCCCCGGCCACCGCCCGGCUCGCCCCCGUCCGGUCCGCGCAGCCCGCCCGCCGCGCCUCGCUCGUCCGCGUCCGCGCCUCCGGCGGCUCCUACGCCGACGAGCUCGUCUCCACCGCGAAAACUGUUGCUUCCCCUGGCCGUGGGAUCCUUGCGAUCGACGAGUCGAGUGCAACAUGUGGAAAGAGAUUGGCAUCCAUUGGUUUGGACAACACGGAAGUUAACCGCCAGGCUUACAGGCAGCUUUUGCUGACCACUGCUGGUCUUGGUGAAUAUAUCUCUGGUGCUAUUCUUUUUGAGGAAACUCUCUAUCAGUCCACUACAGAUGGCAAGACCUUUGUUGACGUCUUGAAGGACCAGAAUAUCAUGCCUGGUAUCAAGGUUGACAAGGGUUUGGUUCCAUUGCCCGGAUCCAACAAUGAAUCCUGGUGCCAAGGUCUUGAUGGUUUGGCCUCAAGGUGCGCUGAGUACUACAAGCAGGGUGCACGCUUCGCAAAGUGGCGAACUGUUGUUAGCAUCCCCUGUGGUCCUACUGCAUUGGCUGUCAAGGAAGCGGCAUGGGGACUUGCUCGCUAUGCUGCUAUUGCUCAGGACAAUGGUUUAGUGCCAAUUGUGGAGCCAGAGAUCCUUCUUGACGGUGACCAUGGCAUUGAGAGAACUCUCGAGGUGGCAGAGAAGGUGUGGUCAGAGGUGUUCUUCUACCUGGCCGAAAACAACGUUCUGUUUGAGGGCAUCCUGCUGAAGCCCAGCAUGGUUACCCCUGGUGCUGAGCACAAGGAGAAGGCUUCUCCAGAAGCCAUUGCGAAGAACACCCUCACAAUGCUGAGGAGGAGAGUACCACCUGCUGUCCCUGGAAUCAUGUUCCUCUCCGGCGGACAGUCCGAGCUGGAGGCAACCAUGAACCUGAACGCGAUGAACCAGUCCGCCAACCCGUGGCACGUGUCCUUCUCCUACGCCCGGGCACUCCAGAACUCGGUGCUGAAGACGUGGCAGGGGCAGCCCGAGAACAUCGAGGCGGCGCAGAAGGCCCUGCUGGUCCGCGCCAAGGCCAACUCCUUGGCGCAGCUCGGCAGCUACACUGGCGAGGGUGAGAGCGACGAGGCCAAGAAGGGCAUGUUCCAGAAGGGAUACACCUACUGAUGAGGCGACGGCAGGAUGAUUUAUAUAUGAGAUGCACGUCAUUUUGCGGGGUUUUGUUUUCUAAUUAUUGGUGUGAAUAAUCAAUCACCAGCGUGUUGGUGCCAACGACUGUUAGCUGUAUUGGCAUUGCAAGAAACUCUAGGGUUGCCUGAAGUUAUAUUUAUGAGAACAAACAAUUACUGUAUGCAUACCUACCCUGAGAAAGUUGAUGAUAGCUCACUGUGGGCGGAUACCGAGAA